AUGAGUGGUUCUCAAUUACCUGCAACCCCCAUAUCAGAACAUAAGAAGACACUACAUUCACAAUCAAGGGUCCCCCAGUCCAUCCCCUCUGUUACUGAACAAGAAUCCAUCUCAGAAGCAGAGGGUGAUCAAAUCAAAUACACAAUGGCAGAGGAUGAUAUGACAAUCUCUGGCUCAGCACACAAUACUGGUAAGAUGUCAGAACACAAGGAAUUCAAGGACAGCACACUCAGUUCUAUAUCAAUAUCUACAUCAAAUUCUAACAGCAUGGUGAUCAUGGCAGCAGCAGAUCUCAUUGCACUCUGCAAGCAACUGAUAUCAGCACAUGUGCUGCCAUCUCCUUUAUCAUCUUCUCCUCCACCUCCAUCUUCUUCAAACCCUAUACCAGAAGAAGAUCUGAACAUGCUGGCUCACAAAUACCAGAAGAAAGCACAGGCCUCAUUGAAUACAAAGUCCAUCAUCACAUUCAAUGGCACCAACUAUCAGACAUGGAAGAUGGCAUUCUUCUUGGAUGCAGAGGUGAUCAGUGGUGCAGAUAUUCUCAAUAAGAAUCAACAGAAAUCAUCUGAAGGUUUAUCAACACUCAAGCAACAAUAUUGA